AUGACUUCCCCAAACGACAUCAUGAGAAAAAACCUGAAGAUGAUUCAUGGCUAUCCCAUGGUCUAUGCAUUUACAAACAACUGGGAAAAGAUUGAACAGUUCCACAGCAGACCUGAUGACAUCGUGAUAGCCACUUACCCCAAAUCAGGUACCACUUGGGUUAGUGAAAUUGUGGACAUGGUUGUAAAUAAUGGAGAUGUUGAAAAAUGUAAGCGGGAUUUUAUAACAGUUAAAGUUCCAAUGUUGGAAAUGGCCGUCCCUGGACUAAGAACUUCAGGAGUAGAACAAUUAGAGAAGAAUCCCUCACCCCGGCUUGUGAAGACACAUCUACCAAUUGAUCUCCUUCCUAAGUCUUUCUGGGAGAACAACUGCAAGAUGAUUUAUAUGGGUCGAAAUGCCAAGGACGUUGCAGUUUCGUAUUACCAUUUUGACUUAAUGAAUAAUUUGCAACCUGUUCCUGGCACCUGGCAAGAAUACCUGGAGAAGUUCAUGACUGGAAAUGUGGCCUAUGGUUCCUGGUUUAAUCAUGUUAAGAGCUGGUGGAAGAAAAAGGAAGAACACCCAAUACUUUUCUUGCACUAUGAAGAUAUGAAAGAGAAUCCAAAGCAGGAAGUCAAGAAGAUUAUGAGAUUUCUAGAGAAGAAUUUGAAUGAUGAGGUCUUGGAUAAGAUCAUCCAUCACACCUCAUUUGAAAUGAUGAAAGACAACCCUCUGGUGAAUUACACACAUAUACCAAGUACAGUGAUGGAUCACAGCAAAUCCUCUUUUAUGCGUAAAGGGACUACAGGUGACUGGAAGAAUUACUUCACAGUGGCCCAAAAUGAGAAAUUUGAUGCCAUUUACAAGAAGGAAAUGUCUGGAACUGCACUUCAGUUCCGCACAGAGAUUUAAAGAGCCUACACUGCCAAUCUGAAGGAGGAAGAACUGAGCUGUAAUUUGUUAAAAUGGUCAGUUAUGACUUUACUUGGGCAGUCAAAUGGACUUAUAAAGGAGAAAAUGUGCUUUUAAAAUGGAUUUUUUUUUUUUUUAGCGUCAUUAAUCAGGUCUCAGCUUCACUCCUCACUCUGAGCUUCCAAAUUCCCUAAAGUUAGGGCCAAUUGUUACCUUUUUGUAGGAUCUUCCUGCCUUUUCCUAGACUAGUAUGAACCGCAAAGUACUUAUCCUACUCAAUCUCUAUAUAUUGUGGCUGAGAAAUCCAUUCCCCUCCCUAUUAACAUGGUCCAAGAAGUGCUAUUUGCACCCUGAGACUAUAUUUUCUAGCUCUGCCCCAGCUUCCCUUUGUUGAAAAUUUGACUCAGGACACUGUGUUCCAUUGCUGUGUUCCAGGUUUCAAGUUGUUCCCUGAACAACUUGAACAACAUAGAUCAUCUUCUCACAGUGCCACUAUUUGGAUAACAUAGUUCAUGUCCCAGAUGAUGUGGUUCAGAUUUCAGAAAUGUUGUUCCUAUACCUAAUUUCUAAGCAUACAAAUUUUUAAUUGAUGAGGAUCCAAUUUCUGGGUCUCCAUAGGUGAAAGGCCUAUACUGGUCUCCCUAAGACCCUUCCAGGGGAACUGUAGCUCUGCUCUGAGAGCCUGGACUAAGGCAGCAACCUGCUUCCUGUGCAAAGUCCUCCCCAACCUCAACAGUCUCUACUGCAAGGCUGAGAAUUGUCUAUUGCCAUGCUCUGGGCAGCAUUCAGGAAUUUCAGUUACUUCAUUUUGUGAUUUUUUUUUUUUUGGUGUGUGUGUGUGGCAUUUAUCAAACUGGUAUCAAAGGGAGACUCUGUUCUGAAUUUCCACUAUGCCCUUCUUACCCCAUUUCCCUUCUGUGUACCAUCCAACACCUAUCCCAUCAGCUUGGGCUAUUUGAUAAAAUGCUUCCUUGGGACAUUUGUUUCUCAACUCCAGCUUUGCCUUAGAUGUACUUAUCUAUAUCUCCAUGUGCAGCAAGAUCUUUUAUCUGCAGAUAAUAUCAGCAUGUGACAAAUUGCAUGCCAGGCCCAACCUCCCAAACUCAUGCUGGGUGAGAAUGUCCUGGGUCUUACUUGUUCUGGAGAAGAGUUCUGGAGCUGAGCCAUGACUGAGACAGCUACAAUAAUUUGGGUGAUGGUGUUUUGCCUUCAUAGGCAAAUGGCUGCCAUCAGCUUCUGAAGUGGGAACAGAGCCUCAGGCAUGUAACUUCUCUCCUCCCUAGCCCCAGCAAACUGUUUAUCUAAUGGCAACUGCAAAUCUCCUGGGAGUGAUAUAUAUAUGAUUUUGGAAAUAGUUGUUUUGAUAGUUUUAUUAUAAUAUGUAUUAUAAAUUGUUUUUGUAUGUUCCUUAGAAAUAUGUUUAGUAGUAGUUAAUCUUGAAUACCUAGGGAUAUGGUGAACUAGUUUUAGCUUUCUAGAAUAUGCUUAACAACACAAAAGUAAAGCCGAUCACAGAUCUAUUUGAUUUAUUAUCUUUAUUAAUCAGUUAAUGUGAUACAUGCUUUGGAUUAUAUGGUCUAUUUUUGAAUAAAAAAUGUGUCUUUCUGAA